CUCUUUUAAACGAGCUCACUCCCGGAUCACGCCCGUGCAAACACACGAAACGGGAAAGUAACGAGAUCGUAACGUUUCGUUUCCAGAGAUUGUCUUUCUCUCGCUCGAAAGGGAGACGAAAGGAAACCCCUCCCGUGGAAACGGAGUUUACAGACGCGAGAUUAAUUCCGGGGUGGGGGACUUUUUCUCCUCCCUUCCCCCAAAACAGUUCGAAUUUCCCCUCAUAAUCGAGCGUAUCGCCCCUAUUGGCCAAGAUAUGUUUCCUUUCUGGGAGAUGUUGCGUUCUUAAUGUGUUUACCUUGCCUCCUCCUGACCUUGCUCUCUCCUUCCCCUGCUUUUCGAACGCACGCCCAAACACACCAGCUCGCGCUUCUGCAGUGGAAAUGGAUGCUCGCUCUCACGUCACGAGAAAUAAAUUUCUUCUUUUUUUGUUUUCGUGUGUAGGAGGAGGGGGAAAUAUACGUUGCGUUUUAGAAUUCGUGAAGAUCGAACCAAGUGGAAGUGUUUUCUUAAAUUGUUCUUGGAAUUAAUCAUGAGAUUAAUUAUUAAUUAUUAUAGAUAUUGUAGAAAGAGGGUCACGCGUUUUUGAUCAUGAUUGUGAAGAUAAUAAAGGUUUAGAAAAAAAAGGUUUACGCAGAAGAAGGCAAAGGGAUUUUUAUACACGCGAAUUGAAUUGCAAAGCGAUAGUGUAUUGAAUAUUGUAUAUUUAGAGAGCAUCGAAAGGAGGGAAGGACGUUUUGAUAUUUAUUCGACUUUGCGACGCUUUCGAAGAUACGUUUAAAUUUUUAAAUAAGAAACGCGUUGUGAGGUAAAUCGUAAAUACGGCGUGCUAGUAGUUGCUUGAUAGUAGAAGCUUUGGUUAAAAUUCGAAUGAUAUUUCCUAUUAAAUAUUACAGGUUUGGAGUAUCUAAAAUAUGUAUUUUGUGAAGUAUCGAAGGGCACGUUUCCGAUUAAUAUUUCCUGUCAAUCAAUAUCGAGUUUAGAGAUAAUUUCGUGGAGCAUCGAGGGUGAACGAUAUAUGAAAAUUACGUUUAAAUUUUUAAAUAAGAAACUUAUCAAUCAUACAGUGAGCUUAGCUAGAAUUUAAACAAUAAUAUUUCCUAUCAAAUAUUAUAAAUUUAUAGACAAUUUUUUAAAGUAUCGAGGGGCACGAUAUUUAUUCGACUUUACAUUAAAUGCUUAUGAAGAUUAAAUAAGAAACUGAUAACUCACAAUACCGCGUAAAACUAUAAAAUAAUAACAUCUUCUGCAAAACGUCACAAAUUUUCCAUUACGAUUUUAAUAACUUGGAUAACUAUUUUCACAUUUUACAUCGUAUUAAAACGUAUACUUUCGUAUAGAAGAAUACAGAAUAUAAACAGAAUCCUGGCGUUACAACAACCCGUUUUAUUCUCCAGAAUUCUAUCGUCAAAUCGACUAUUCACGCAUUCGAAAGAAACCGAAACCGACGUUACUUUUCCCACCGACUCGAUAUCUCUCUCCCCUCCUUCUCCAACUCCUCUCUCUCUCUCGGAUUACGAUCCGCGAAUCUCGAGCGAAAGAGUGUCUCUUCUCUCUCGUUCUCUCUUUUUCCCUAUCGUUCCCUCUCCUUCUCUCUCUCAUUCCUUCUCGUUCUUUCUCGGUCCUUCUCGUUCUUUCUCGGUCCUUUUCGUUCUUUCUCGUUCUCUCUCAUUCCUUCUCGUUCUUUCUCGGUCCUUCUCGUUCUUUCUCGCUCCUUCUCGUUCUCUCUCGGUCCUUCUCGUUCUCUCUCGUUCCUUCUCGUUAUCUCUCGUUGUCUCUCGUUCCCUCUCGUACUUUCUCGCUCCUUCUCGUUCUUUCUCGUUAUCUCUCGUUGUCUCUCGUUCCCUCUCGUUCUCUCGAAAUCUCUAGGACAGUUACGCCACGAUCUGAAUUUCCUCGGGGCGAUCUGUGCGCCGCAUCCGUCUGCCUUCACGUAUGACUACGCAAUUCGAUAUCACGCCCGCGACAACCUCCUUCGAAAUACCUCCUCCUCCUCCUCCUCUUGCAUUCGUGUGGAGAAGCACGAAGGGGAAGAGAGAUAAGGCGAGCUUUAAGGGUUGGAAAAUAUUCAGGAUAUAUGUGUGUGUAGAUAUGUAGGUGUUUGCAGAAGUUGAAGAAGGAUCGUGAAAUCUGGUCGAGGCGCGAACCACGAGUCCCGAAAUGGACUGUCUUUCUCGCGGAAUAUGAAUUUCUAUGAACGCUUCGCGUUAUCGGAUAUCUCCUCCUCUCUUCCCUCCUCCUCCCAUGAGAGUAAUUUUAAGCAGUUUAAGCGGGGAGGGAAGGAUUUACGAGGAGAAACGAUUUAUGUCGAGAUUAUGGCAAGAAUGGUCUCGGUGUAAAUCUCUUACACGUCGUUCUAUUGGAUUGAAAUUUCCAAAUUUCGAGUUUUGGGGAUCGAUCGUUCGGUUGUCUUUCUUUCUUUCCUUCUUUCUUUAAGCUCUUUUCGAGCUUAAGAAAGUUGUUCAAAGUCGAUGGAGGAGGAAGAUAUUUUUAAUUUGUAAUCGAAGAAGAUAUCGAGACGCGAUAUUUCGAGGAUCUCCGUUUGAGGAAUAGUUGAUAAAGUUUGAAAGUCGAUACUUUUUCUUUCUUCUUAAGUUUCAAGAAUAAUCGACUCUUUAUCUUCGAUUUUUUAUCGUAGAAAAUUUUAGAACGACUCUCUGUAUUUUUUCGAUUGAAACGAACAUAAUGCUCGUCAUCGAAGUUUUAUGCAAAAUUUGAUGUUUCGAAGCUACAAUAAAAACAAGAAUUUCGUGCAACGAGGAGGAUAAAACUGGAAAGGAUAUUUUGAAAAUAUCGAAGGGCUGAAGGCCGAGUUGUACUACGUGAGGGAAGGAGUGGUUAACACGUACGCAAUGAACUUCGUCGUUCCGGUCCCGGCCAACAUCGCCGAUCUCGAGUUCUCCUGGCAGAGCCUCGCCGGACACCCGGUACGUACGUACUUGCCGUACUCGAUGGAGUUGGAUUACGACGUGGUAGGUGUUCCAGGGGCUGUCGGCCCCGGGAUGAUGGCGCUGCUCCCGCCCAGGGUGAACGUCUCGGCCAGGGGAGAGGUGCCCGUCGCGUUGCAGGUGUUCAGGAUCAGGCUGCCCUGCUCGGGCCUUGCCAGCGCCGAGAUCCCGUUGGCGUUGAGGCUCAACGUCACCGCACCCCCCGGCACCAAAUACAACGACACCGUCCUCGCGUUCAAGAGGAACAAGAUUUGCUUCAAAGGAGUGCAAGCGCCUCCGAGGAACGAUUCGGUACGUUUGGAGCCAGGACCUCUGAGCGGCGCUGGAGCGCUGUACGUCGCCGCGACAUGUGCGUGCGCCUUGAUACUGGUGGUGGGGAGCGUGGCGAGCGCCCUGUACAUUCGCAACAGCAAGGCUCGAAUACAAGAGUCGCAGAAAACGCUGCCCUGCUGCAGCUACUCGGCGGCAGAAACUGGCGGCCUCGCGAGAAGUUCCGUCCUGGUCAGAGUCGACCCACGGCCCGGCAGCGCCAAUUCCGGGAGCUACGCGACCAUCGCCGAUCUGGAGCCGUUAUACGCGAGGCCGUGCGGCUCCAGGGCGAGUUACUACGCCUCCAGCCACGUCACGCAUCUGAGCCAGUCGACCGAUCCUUGCGAGAAGGCGAGAGCACUCGCCGUGUCGAGGUCUGCCCUCUACUGUCGCAAUCUCGUGCAGGAGGGCACCUUCGGUCGGGUCUACAAAGGCACGUUGGAACUGGCCGGAAGGGAGCAAGAAGUCAUCAUAAAGACAGUCACAGAAGUGGCAUCGGCUUAUCAAGCCUCUUUGCUGGUGGUCGAGGGGUCGCAAUUGGCAGGACUGGUGCACUCGAACAUAGCUUCGCUCGCUGCCGCAUGCCUGGACAGUUCUUGCCCUUUAUUGGCGUACACGAGCACGCCGGGCGAGUUGAAUCUGAAGCUCUACCUUACCGAUGGAAACCACCAUCCCGGGACAAGGGAUUUGGUGCACGUUGGUGCACAGGUUGCCAGAGCAGGGGCAUUCUUGCACGGUCGAGGCCUCCUGCACAGGGAUAUCGCUGCCAGAAAUUGUUUGAUCGAGCCAAGCAGUCUUCGUGUCCGAUUAGCCGAUACGGCUUUGGCGCGAGAUCUCUUCCCUCAGGACUACCAUUGUCUCGGUGAUAACGAGAACAGACCCAUUCGUUGGAUGGCCUUGGAGACCCUCCAGCACAAUCAGUACAGCACUGCGACAGACGUGUGGUCGUUCGGCGUGUUCCUGUGGGAAUUGGCGACGAUGGGCCAGCAACCGUACGUCGAGGUUGACCCGUUCGAAAUGAUGGCGUGCCUUCGAGACGGUUACCGACUGGCCCAGCCGAGGCCCUGCCCCGACGAAUUCUUCGCCGUGAUGGCCGUCUGUUGGUUAGGUCUGUCCAGGGACCGGCCGACCAUGCCUCAACUCCUCGCCUAUCUUCAAGACUUUCACGACGCCCUCGGCGGUUUCGUUUAAAAAAAUAUAACUCGACUCGUGUUGUUCCCAACCAACCACAGUUCCUUCGAAACACACACACACACGCAUAUACACACGCACAGUCGCGUUCUUCUUCUGAAAGAAACGAGAGAUUCGAUGAUAUAAAUCUUUGAAAGUGCAUAUAUAACGUACGUUCAAAUGGUGGUGGUACGGUGGUUUCAAAAAGACGGAAGGAUGGAAGAGAGGCGAAAAUCACUGCCCAUUUGCGAUUAUCGAUUCGUCAAGCGACGGUUUGUUAUUAUUAGGUGAUAUACUCGAUUGCUGUUCCCUUGUUGCGCCACUGUAUCGUGGAAGGGCCGCGCAUUUUGUUUUCGAAAUUUCUCUUUUUUCUCUUUUUUCCUUUUCGAAAAACACGCGGAUUUAAAAAUGAUUCGCUGGUGGACAACGUGUGUAGAUGUAGAUAGAUAGAUAGAUAGAUAGAUAGAUAGGUAGGUAGAUAGAUAGAUAGAAUCGCGACCCUCCCUCCGUGAUCCGACGAUGAAAACAUCGACGCGCGUGUAAUAUAUCCGUCCAUAGCAGUUAAAAAAAAAAAAAAAAAAAAAAAAAAAAAAACCCGAAGCGCACGAUAUUCCUUUUCCCUUGUUUUUGUUUUUGUUGUGUUUCCUUUUCCGCGAAACAUCCGCGGGAGCGGAUGAAAACCGCGUACGAGGGCACCUGUGAACCUGCAACCGGUGCCGCGGCGCGCGCAGUCUUUCACAGCCACGCUGCUGAACCAUGCUUGCUGCAUGCAUGCGAACUUUAUUCUCGAAACUUCUCGCUUCUCUCUCUCUCUUCUAAAUAUGCGUGUAUCGUUCCAUCUCUCCGUACGGUUUUACAGUUAACGGAAAAAAAAGAAAAAGAAUCUCAAUUUACGCGAUGAUCACUUUUUCGAAUUCGAUUAUUAACGAGAGCAACGAUCAAAAAAAAGAAUUUUGUCCGCAGUCGAAAAAUUUUGAGACAAAAGGGAGGGGGGAAAACUACUAUUUUUCUAAACUUUAAGGUCGCGUCAAUAUUUUGACAUUGAUUACAUUUAUUAGAACGUUGUUUAGUCCUGCGAAAAGAAGAAGGAAAAAAAGGAAACAAAAUUUUUCACGUUUUUUUUUCUCUCUUUAAUAUCCGUUUUGCAAAAGUACAUUUGGGAUAUCGGUCGAUGGUGUAAGAGAUCACGAUGUUAUAUUACGUAAGAAUGUACUUUUUACGUAUAUAUCGAGAAUAAGAAAAAUUCUCGAGCAGAGCGUUAGAGUUUUAUUAGGCGGGUUCGCGGAGUGAAAUUAUCUAUGCGGUUAUCUACAGUGUGUGUUAUACACCGGUGUAUAUAGGUGGCGUUAACCUGGAAAAAAAAUAUUUGCUUGCAACCAUUUUAUAAAUAAUGCAUUAAGUUCGAAAAAGGGGAAAGUACGAAGCGAGAGGGGAGAUGGCGAACAGUGGCGAAGAAAAUAGAUCGCCUCCUUGCUGUUCGACGAGAAAUUCUCGAGGAAUAUCAUCGAAACGAAAAAGGAAAAAAAACUUUCUCAUCUAUUUUAGAAUUUCGUAUAAAAUUCUCCGGGCACAAGAUCAUUCUCCAAGAUUAAUUAUUAUCACGUGAAAUUAGCGUCGAGACGUAAAUCUCGAGGAAUCGAUAUCGCGAAUGUAUUCCGCGCAAAAAUUUAAGAGACUUGUUCGACGGAAGAAUUGCAGUGACCGACGUUACUAACGCAGUUUCGAGGUUAUGUUUAUGCGCGCCGUUGUCAACGAGACGAUUUGUCCAAACGAGAGGAAAAGUUUCAACAUUUCUACAAUUUCCGGUUCACGUUCACAGUUCCCUCCGCUCUCGCAUUAUAUCUUCACACUCUCUGAAACACUCUUUGAUACGCGUGGCAUCAAUAACGACGAAAGUAAAUGAAAAAGAGAAAACAACCUCGCAAUUGCGAAUACGUAGGAGCGCGGGCAAAAUGAUGUAUCGUCGUUGAGCAAAGAAGGAAUUUCAAAAAAAUUGUUUAGCUAAACGCAAUCUCGUCUCGUUAAACACGUUCGUCGUCGUUAACCUUUGAAACAUUGCUGUUCGCGUCGCGCUUCGUCCAAUUCGACAAAAAUCCUCGGCCAUUCUUACGAAGAAGCGAUAUUCGCCCACCAGAUCGCGCUCUCUGCGUUCGUUUAAGCGAGGCGACGUUUGAAACGGUUAAAGAAAAGCGAACAACGACGGGGGAGAAGAAGAAGAAGGAUCUUGUGAUGCGUACACACCGUUGCGUAAAUGGGCGGUACACAGAACUUGUAACUUCGUAUUCAUGUAUCUAUUUAAUACCACACCGCGCAAGAAAGUCACUUAAUCGACAAUUAUCCACCACCACGUCUCGCGUCUCCUAAUUAAGCUCGGAUCUUCGUGAUUUUCACUUUUAUUAUAUACAUCGCCUCCUCGAGCGACCAUCCACUCGACAUUUCUAUGGUUCUAGCUAUUCGAUACGCGUGUGUAAGUAUACAUGGUAUGGUAUGGAAGCGUCAAGAAGGAUGUUAUUUAAUUAAUAUUAAGUAAGAUAUCGAUAAGAGAUGUACAUAAUGAAUUUUAAACGGUGAAUUGUAAAGAUCGCUGCACGAUACACUUAGUCGUGUUAUUUAAAUUACGUAUUUAUUUCGAUAUAGGUACGCCAACUCGAACGAGAAGAAGAAUCGUACAGAACACUUCUAGUCUCUUUCUCUAGUCUCGAUCGAUUUUAUAACGACACGUUAGUCUCGUUAUCGAGCUUACUGGAAGAAAAGCGUAUUUUUAAACUAUUGAUUACUUUUUUGUACAUGAUGUUGUACAACUUUGACAUAAUUUAUAUAUACAUACAUAUAUAUAUAUAUAUAUAUAUAUAACGUUUUGCUUUCGAUUUAUAUAAAAAUCGACUCGAGCAAGAAGGAAGAUUCGCCGCAUUUCGGGGAAGAGAAGAAAGUCAUUGGAUUUAAAAAACGAGAAACAGCGGCGAAAAAUCCCUGAAAAGACGCGAGAUGACGUAAACACACACACGUUUUUUAAAUGUAUUCGAUGUGUAAAUGUCGCAUGAUGUUCCUGACUACGACCAUUAAUAACUUUAUCGCACUCUUUCUCUUUCACACUCUCUCUCUCUCUCUCUCUCUCCAGUUUUCGACUUGUACACACCUCCCUUUUCUUUAGCAUCUAUAAAAAUGCUAAAAAAUCUACGAUCAUUUCACAGUAAAUGUGCAGCCUGUGUACGGCUCACGGGCAUAUUUCAACUAACCGCUAAUUAAUAUUACCCACUAUUUAAAAUAAUUAUCACUCUCGCUAAACUAUUCAUUAUAUACGACGUUUAUUCAUCCUAAAGUCGAGUUUCAUUUCCUAAACGAAAUCGUCGUCGACUUUAAUAAUACCGAUGUGUAUAAUUCACCGAGAUUAAUCAUAGAGAUAAGGGAUCCUCUUCGAUGUCUUAUUCUCCCCUCCCCCCGCCCGCCUUCGUUUCAUUAGUGAGGAGGAACAGGGUAGGCUAGCGCUGCACACUUUUUUUCGCUAUCUCGCCGUAUUUAGAAGAGGAAGAAGAAGAAGAAGAAGGAAAGCUUCGCGUCAACGUCACCCUCUUUUCUCCCUCUUACUCGAAGAGGAAGGUACUCGAAGAGGAAAUCGGCGGUAUCCGCCUUCCCCCCAACGCAACCAAAGACAACCCCACCUCAUCUCACGAGACAGUUCCAAUCGACUGUAAAUAAUAAUCUCUAGCGAAUGAUAAGUGGUGCGCCGAGUGAGUUGAUUUGUGCAGAUUCUAUUAUUUCCUACGACGAUUUACGGGAUUAUUUUUCAACGGAGAAUGAAAUAUACGUGUUAAAAAAAGAA